UGCUGGAUUUGCCUUGACGACGACCCUCAUCCAGCACCAUGUAAAUGUCCUAGCUAUGUGCAUCGAUUCUGCCUGGCAAGGUGGCAGCUGGAGAGGCUUGGACGGAGAGAGGAGCGUGAAUGCCGAUUUUGCGGCACCAUUCUGCCGCCAUGGCAAGAAACUCUCCUGCCAAAAAGAGUCGAACCCGCGUCAGAGGCCAUAGUAAAUGUCCACGCACCGGACGGAUCGAAGCACUGCAUCCCCCUGCGGCCAGGCCUGGCGGGUCGGCGGCACUUCAUGCGCGCCGUGCGCCAGGCACUGCACCUGCCUCACCAUGCCCAGCUGGAAAUGGGCUUCGAAGUCGCAGUGCCC